CAAUAUUUUCUUGGGAAAAAUGGCAGAAACCAAUUCUUCAGUAUCAACAAUGGCGGAGGGAUCUUUAAGUCUCAUGUUGAAAUCCAGAGGUCUUCUCGCCACUCCAAGCCACGAAGGAUUAGCGAUUAUCGUCGAUCAACUCUAUACGCAUAAAGAAUCCGUCGAAUAUCAAACAGCGCGUGCUCUCUACGAUUUCUGCGUCGCCAAUUUCUCGAAUUGCUUAACCCUAAUGCUUCUCAAAGUGUAUCGACACGCUUCGGAUGAAGUCGCCAGGUUCCGAUCGAUCCUUCUCCUUUCCGAUACUCUUACCAAACAAAGAAAUCGCGGCUUCGAACUCGCUCUCUACGUUCUAGAUGACAUCAAGAAGCUUCUGAUUUCUUGCCUGACGAUGCCAAACCCGAAGAAACCUGACACGAAGAUCCUAAGAAUCAUCGUUUCUUUGGUAGCUUUCGAUGCUGUGAACCAUGACAUUUCUGGCGGAUGGGACGAGCUCGGCGAUUGUAUACUAUCGCUCACGAGUAGCGAUCCUUUUAGGGCUUUUAACGUCUUCCUCGAUUUGCCUCCAGUCCAUGGAGGAUUCAUUGACAGGUUUCUUUACAAACUUAUAGAGGAAGUGCACAAGAUUCUGUCUCAUCCUGAGAAAGAUAAAGACGAAGAUUGGACGUUGGCUUUAGAAACUGCUGUGAAAUUGGGGAUUCGGCUUUCAGAUUCAGAACUGAGAUUCAAUUUGGCAAAGGAGAUUCUUGAAUCUGUUUUCAAUUCAGCUAAUGCGCUUGUGAGUAUGGGAAUGGAAGGGUUUCUCCAAGGAGCGCUUGAACAACUUGUGAGGUAUCUAGCGAAAGAGGUGGAGUUGUGUAAAUGGAGUAGCGUUCAAUGCGGUUUUGUUGCAGAGUUUUCGUGUAGGAUCGCAGGAAUCGGAGGAGCAGCGACGAGAGAAACUGCGAAGAAGAUCAAUCAGAUGGUUACAAAACUUGACAAGUAUGAGGACAAUCCAUCUUUCAAGCUCAGCCCAUCUCGCGUUGAAAAUCAAGGUAAUGGAUUUGGAGAUGACCGUGAGAUGUACUACGAGUUGACGACAAAGUCUGCAUUUGAUAUAUUGAGAGCCUUUCUAUUAGCUGAUCAUAACGAUAGGGCCAGAGAGACAGCAAUCAGAAGACUCCAUGAUUUAGUUUGUGAUCAUGAUUUAAAUCUUAUAGAGAUCGAUAAACUCCUGCCACUGCUUAUCACUUGCCUUAAGGAUAAAGGAAUGCCUGAGAACACGUUCAGGAUUCUCGGUCAGGUUGUGUUCCACGUUGCACUGGAGGCAUUCAGCUACAGAAAUGACAUGUGGUUCGAUCUAUGGGACUAUAUUGCAACGGAAACCGAAGCAGAGUUCAGCAAAGCGGUUUAUAUCUUCCAGUGUUUAACAAUGCGGCUUGAUGAUAAAAAGAAUAGUCUUGUGCUUCUUGCUCUAAAGAAUCUUGUCCCAGAGAUGUGCAAAAGGCUAAACCCACCAGGAGAGCUUUUGGUCGAUAACAGUAGCUGGGUCUUGGCGUUUACGGGUGCGUUUUGUGCAGUGAUUCGCUUGAUAAAUAUCCCAAGCCCCGUUGGGUUCGUGAAGAUGAUUGCAGAUAAUAUGAUAGAUUCGGUGAAAGAGCUUGUGGAAAGAAAAAUGGAAGUUGGCCUUGUGAGGAGAGCUUUUAGAGAUCUUGAAAGCAUUGUGGAGAAACAAUGGGACUGGUACCAGACUUGUGAAUACAGAUUCGUUAAGGGUUUGCUUUGGAAGCUAUAUGCAAUCGAAGGCAUGAAAAUGGAAAGUAAGAUGGUGCUUUGGAGAAUUAAUGGGAUUCUCGAGAGGAAUGUGAAUGAGGAAUUUAAAGUGCUCCCGGAGACUAAGCUUGAUUGGUUGAACCAAUCUGAGACGACUUUGGCGAAUUGAUUUCUUCAUAGUCUAGUUUACUUUGUUUUACAGUAGAAAAUAAUGUACCUAAUUCUCUUAGCUCCCCAUGAUCAUAUUCAUCAUUGCUUUGUUAUAAGUUUUUAGUUUUUGUACUUUUGUUUUUGUCAAAACCA